CAGCUCACUGUAACACACGGCUUCCUGGAGGCUCCCUCGCAAUGGAGCUGGGAGUCACUGGGUCUCUGCUUCUGGCUGUGUUUAUCAGCCUCCUGCUCUAUAUUACCUCAUGGAGGAGAAAAAUAAAGAGGAAAAACAUGCCCCCUGGACCAGCACCAUGGCCCCUGCUGGGUAACAUGAUGCAGAUAAGUGCAAGAGAAAUGCCACAAUCUUUACGGAAGCUGAGUGAGAAGUAUGGCUCGGUCUUCACAAUCUAUCUGGCCAAUCAGCCAGCUGUUAUCCUGGCGGGUUACGACUGUGUAAGGGAAGCACUGGUGGAUCAAGGGAAGAUAUUUGGGGCAAGAGGCUCCAAUACUCUUGGUGAUAUGGUGUUCAAAGGCUAUGGCGUGAUACUCACUAAUGGUGAGCGAUGGAAGUUGCUGCGCCGUUUCUCCCUGAGCACGCUGAGGAAUUUUGGGAUGGGGAGGAAGAGCAUUGAGGAGCGAAUACAGGAAGAGGCUAAUUAUUUCGCAGAGGAAUUACGGAAAAAUGGAGAUGCACCCGUUGAUCCAACCCCAGUGCUUUCCCAGGUUGUUUCCAACGUCAUCUGCUCUGUUGUAUAUGGAAAACGCUUUGAGUAUGAAGAUGAGAGAUUUAAAACUUUACUAUCUCUGCUAAAGGAAGCAUUCACACGUAUGUCAUCUCCUUGGGGUCUUCUCCUCAACAUUUUUCCAAGCCUGUUUUCUCGACUCCCGGGACCCCACCAGAAGAUAUUCACUAAUAUUGACAAGUUAAAGGUUUUUGUAGCGGAGCGCUUGGCAGAUCAUCAGGAGACACUUGAUAUCAACUGUCCGCGGGAUUUCAUUGAUUGCUUCCUGAUAAAAAUGAAUGAGGAGAAAGAUAACCCCAAUACUGAAUUUCACUUUGAUAACUUAUUUGGGACUGUUAUUGACAUCUUCUUUGCUGGGACGGAAACAACGAGUACAACUCUGAAAUAUGGCUUCAAUAUUCUACUGAAAUAUCCAGAAGUGCAAAGAAAGAUUCAGGAAGAGUUGGAUCAAGUCAUCGGGCAGAAUCGCUGUCCUUUACUCGAGGACCGUUUGAAUCUACCAUACACCGAUGCAGUAAUGCAUGAAAUCCAAAGGUUUGCUGAUAUAACACCACUUGCACUUCCUCACUCAACCACGGAGGACACUAUACUUAGAGGACACAAUAUUCCAAAGGGUAGUCUGGUGUUCCCUUUGCUGUCCUCUGUGCAUAAGGAUUUAAAAUAUUUUAAGAACCCAAAAGAGUUUGACCCGGGUCACUUUCUGGAUGAAAAUGGACGUUUCAAGAAAAAUGAAGCAUUUCUGCCCUUCUCUAUCGGGAAGAGAAGUUGUCUUGGUGAGAGCUUGGCUCGUACCGAGAUCUUUCUGAUUUUGACUACGGUAUUGCAGAAGUUUCAUGUGAAAUCAGACUUGACACCCAGAGACAUCGAAAUCACCCCCCAACCUCAAAGCAAUGGGUCAAUUCCCAGGACAUAUAAACUCUACCUUACUCCGCGAUAAACUGCUCCGGAGCAGUACUAGGAAUUACAAAAUGUGCAAAUGCUGUGAAUAAAAAAAUAAACGUUGUUUCUGUUAUUUCUAA